AUGACAUCCAAAUUACUACCCGUACGCACAGCCCUCAUUGGGCUUUCCUCCUCUGGCACCACGUCAUGGGCUGCUAACGCCCAUCUUCCCGUUCUCAAGACACCUGCUGGCCGUUCAAAAAUCACCAUCACUGGAUUACUAAACAGCAGUGUUGGUGCUGCAAAAGCGGCGAUACAGGAAUACGAAUUCCCUGCCACUACCAAGGCUUACGGUAGCCCAGAGGACCUAGCAGCAGACCCAGAUAUCGAUCUUGUGAUAUGUAACACGAGAGUUGACAAGCACCACGAGGUCAUCAUGCCAAGUAUCAAAGCAGGCAAAGAUGUCUAUGUCGAGUGGCCAAUCGCCUCGAACAAAGACGACAUCCAAGAAAUAGUCGAGACAGCACGACAAAGCGGAUCUAGAGUGGCAGUGGGUCUACAAAGACGAUGGAAUCCAGCCAUCAUCAAACUCCGAGAACUACUAGAUGGAGGCAAAGGCGAACUGGGAAAAAUCCUAAGUUCAAACGUCCAGGCCUUCGGCGGAGUUCCUUACAGAGACAUGAUGCCCCCAGGUCUACUCUACUUCACCGACAAAGAAGUCGGUGGAAACGGCAUCAUUAUCGGCGUGGGCCACCUCCUCGACUCCAUCCUCUCAGCCCUCGGCCCUCUCUCCUCCACAAGCAUCCACUUCAAAUCCCAAAUCCAACGCCCAACCCUCGGCAUUCCCGACGCAAAAACAAAAGAAGUAACACGUCACGUUACCUCCAACGUGCCGGACCUCCUCUCCCUCCACGCCACUCUGGCCCCCUCCGCCCAAACUGCCCCAAACGCAACACUCGCCUUCCUUUUCCGCAACGGCCCAGCCUUUCCUGGCGACCCCGCACUCACCUGGACCAUCAAUUGCGAAAAGGGCGAAAUCAAACUCGUGUCUCCAAGCAGUCCGUUCUUGCAGUUCUCGGACAACGAUGCGCCUGUGAAGAUUCAGGUGCAUGAGUUUGCAAGUGGGGAAGUAAGAGAUGUGGCGUGUGACUGGACGAGGGAGCAGAUGGAGGUGCCGGUUUUGGCGAGGGAUGUUAUGGGGUGUUUGUUUGCUUUUGCGGAGGGGAGAGAAGAGGGAGAUGGGUGGGUGGGGGUGGAGGACGCGGCGAGGUUUGCGGAGGUUGUGGGGAAGUUUGUGGAAGUGUAG